AAAUCAGUGAGAAGAAGAUGUUAACUCCAAUAGAGGUGUUAUGCAAAUCCUAUCCAUCCGAAUUUAUAUCAUACUUCCACUAUUGCCGAUCAUUACGGUUUGAAGAUAAACCUGACUAUUCAUAUUUGAAGAGGCUUUUCAGAGACUUGUUUAUCCGUGAAGGUUAUCAAUUUGACUAUGUGUUUGAUUGGACCAUUUUGAAGUAUCCUCAGAUCGGUGCCAGUUCUAGAGGACGAGCUCCUGGUGGAAGUGCCGGACUAAACACUGGGCCAUCUGCUGAAAGACCAGGAAGGACAGUUGGACAAGAUAUUCGAGAGAGGUUUUCUGGUGCUGUUGAAGCAUUUUCGAGAAGGAAUGCUUCGGGUACAGGAAGGCAUGGGGAACAUUCCAGACACAAGACUUCAGAGGAUAUGACUUCAUCUAAAGAUGUG